CCGGUGCGGACCCGCUCGGCGCACCGCGGCCCGGGCGCAGCCCUUCUGCGCGCGGCCCUCAUGCGGCGCCGUCGCUGACAGCUGGAGGCCGCCGCUCUCGGUCCUCCGAGGACCGUGGGGUCGUCCGGCCCGCCGGCCUCAGCGGCUAACGUCGGCGGGGCCGCGGCUGCCUCCCAUGGAGCAAGCCGGGCACGGCGGCGAGAGCGCCCCUCGGGGCCCCGUCCUGCACAUCGUGGUGGUCGGCUUCCACCACAAGAAGGGCUGCCAGGUUGAGUUCUCCUACCCACCCCUGGUUCCAGGAGGUGAGCAUGACAGUCACACUCUACCUGAAGAAUGGAAGUACCUGCCUUUUCUUGCCCUACCUGACGGUGCGCACAACUACCAGGAAGAUACUGUGUUCUUUCACUUGCCACCCAGAAAUGGAAGUGGAACCACGGUGUACGGCGUCUCCUGCUAUCGACAAAUUGAAGCCAAGGCAUUGAAAGUAAGGCAAGCCGACAUCACCAGAGAGACGGUUCAGAAAAGUGUGUGUGUUUUAAGCAAGCUGCCUCUCUAUGGCUUACUCCAAGCAAAACUUCAACUCAUUACACAUGCCUAUUUUGAAGAAAAGGAUUUUUCCCAGAUUUCCAUCCUAAAGGAGCUCUAUGAACACAUGAACAGCUCCUUGGGCGGGACCUCGCUGGAAGGAUCCCAAGUAUAUCUCGGUCUGUCCCCUCGAGAUCUGGUCCUUCAUUUUCGACACAAGGUCUUAAUCCUGUUUAAACUAAUUCUUCUUGAGAAAAAGGUUCUUUUUUAUAUUUCUCCAGUGAACAAGUUGGUGGGGGCGCUGAUGACUGUGUUAUCCCUCUUCCCAGGCAUGAUUGAGCAUGGACUUGGUGACUGCUCUCAGUAUAGACCCCGGAAGAGCGUGUCAGAAGAGGCAGGACUGCAGGAGAGCAGGACUCCAGUGGAUGACUCCCUCUCUGAGCCUGCUUCUGAAACUUCCAGUGCUAAUGUGAAGAUGGAGGUGAGCAGCAGCCACAGAGGAGAUGCAGCCCUCACCUCUGAAAAGCCUCUGUUCCCAGUAGAUGACAAGGGACAGGAAGGAUCCAGUGCCCAGCAGUACUUGAAGCCCCCCUCCCGCCUGUCUCCAGAAUCUUCAGAAAGUGACUGGGAGACGCUAGAUCCCAGCGUCCUAGAGGACUUGAAAGAAAGGGGGCCAGUAGAACCCGACCUCACAGACUCGCUUCCUAAAGACUUGGUGCCCUCAGACAGCCCCCCGAUUACUGUCCAGCCGCAGGCCCACACUGGCCAAGUGGUCCUGAUGCCAGGACUCAUUUCAGGGUUGGAAGAGGACCAGUAUGGCAUGCCCCUGGCCAUCUUCACAAAGGGUUACCUGUGCCUGCCUUACAUGGCUUUGCAGCAGCAUCACCUUCUCUCUGAUGUCACCGUGCGCGGAUUCGUUGCUGGAGCCACUAACAUUCUUUUUCGACAACAGAAACACCUCAGCGAUGCCGUGGUGGAAGUAGAGGAGGCGCUUGUGCAGAUCCAUGACCCAGAGCUCAGGAAACUGCUGAGCCCAACCACGGCAGACCUGAGGUUCGCGGACCACCUGGUAAAGCAUGUCACAGAGAACCGCGAUGACGUUUUCCUGGAUGGCACAGGCUGGGAGGGUGGCGACGAAUGGAUCCGGGCCCAGUUUGCAGUCUAUCUUCAUGCCCUGCUGGCUGCCACCCUGCAGCUAGAUAAUGAAAAGAUGCUGUCGGAUUACGGGGCAACCUUUGUCACUGCGUGGAGGAACACACACAACUACCGGGUGUGGAACAGCAACAGACACCCCGCACUCGCCGAGAUCAAUCCCAACCACCCAUUCCAGGGGCAGUACUCCGUGGCGGACAUGAAGUUAAGAUUCUCUCACUCUGUUCAGAACAGUGAGCGCGGCAAGAGAAUUGGGAAUGUCGUCGUCACAACCAGCCGAAACGUAGUGCAGACGGGAAAGGCUGUUGGCCAGUCCGUGGGAGGUGCAUUUUCCAGUGCGAAGACAGCUGUGUCUUCCUGGUUGUCGGCCUUCAGCACCUCGUCCCCCCAGAGUCUCCCCGAGCCAUGCAGCCAGGACAGUGGGAAGCCCUGAGCUGGGACCCAGCUGUGUGGCCUCAGGUGUGGGGGUGCCCGUCACCUAUGGCUCCAGACCCUUCCUUUGCCACAGGCCCACAGCAGAACUGUGCUGGGUGGCAGCUGUGCCUAUGGGGAAGUCCAUCUGCUGAGAAGAGGGACCCCACUAUGACGAGCAGCACGGCGUCCAGGCCAGGCUGGGCUCCAAUUGACAACUUUUAUCUCCUGAGCCUGAUUAAAAUACAGCAAACCUUCCAGUGAGUUCUACAUUCUGAGAUUGUACAUUUGUUUACUCCAGAGAAGUUUUUACUUAUGUAUAUUUUGUUCUAUUUUACUGCUGGAAUAUCUAGAUGGUGGUUGUAAUUUAUAUGUACUAAAAUUAAGUUAUAUUCCUGUUUUAGUUUUGCUGAAGUUGGCCUUAGUACGUGCUGAGCUUAGAGUCAGGCAGCCCACCUUGUUCUCCUGUUUACCAGGCCACCUCCCCUGGGACCAUGAAGGCCAGAGGGGGCCCCAGGCUGGGACGCCCUGUUUCAGUCUUUAUUCUUUGCUGACUGGAUUGCUGAGGUGACAGGAGGGAGGCAUAGUGCAGAGGAGGCUGGGGGAUCAUGGGAGGCCAGGUCCAUGGGCCAGGCUCAGUCUGUAGGGUUGAACUUCAGAGCCCACCAGUGAGUUUGGCCCACUCUGUCCAAAACAUGUUCUUCAUCACUGUUUAAACCAGAGCUUUGCCUCCACCUCCCAAGGGAGCACUUCUUUGCUGGUAUGGACAGAGCUUCAGACGUCUGGGCCUCAUUGUUGAGAAAGCUGUGCUCAGAAUGUGGCCUCCUUCCUCACUCAGAGUCCUCCACAAGGCACUUCCUGCCCCUUCCGAAUCUAUGACUAGAAGAAAUCUCACCCAGCUCACAUGUGUAGUGCACAGGAGGCAAGAGAGGCCAAUGGCAGGCCACCCUGGUCACCCGCUGGUAAAAGGGCAUCCUGCUAUGUUGGCCUCUGCUGGUUUUGCCCAGCAGCUAGUGUUUGCCACACUCGAUACCCACUGCAGGCUGCAGUUGGUGGACGUGUGGUGGCUCAGGGAGUGCUUGUUGGGAGCAGUCGCCUUCUCAGUGACAGAAGACACACGUGGAGGGGGUCAGUGAGCAACGUCCUGCUACACUGUUUUUCAGGAGUACCAGAAACAGGGGCAUUGACAGAUGAUGAGUUGAUUUCUCCUGGUGAAAUGUUGGUUUAUAAAUAUGUAAAUGAGGCAUGUGGAAAAGCACAGUGUAUGCUCUAAAUAUCCCUAAACUUUCCAAACUGGUGCUUCUGCACAGGUCACUAAAUCUCAGAGCAUAUACUUCUGUUUGAGCAUAACUUGAGAUAUCAAACUGCAAGAUUUAACCUGAGAACUCCAUUAAUUUACUUCAGCCAGGAAAAUUAGCCUCAGGAAACAUUAUUUGAAGGAAGAAAGUAACAGCAAAACCACCCUUAAAAGGUAGUUAAUCAAUAUUGUACUGAGAUUAUAAAGAAUUAGUUGUAAAGUCAGGCAUGGUAGUACAUAUCUAUAAUCCCAGCCCUUGGGAUUUUUU